AUAAACCAGAAAUGGGAACAACUACAGUGAUAGAGCUUUUGAGUUUUGAAAACGCAGUAUUUCGAGCCUACAUUUUCUGGGUUUCCGUUCUAAUUUUAAAAAUGGCAAUGAUGUCUGCACUGACUGGUAGCCAACGGAAACGAAAGCAGGUUUUCGCUAACGAUGAAGACUAUGGUUUCCUCAAUAUGGAUGGAAAGAGCAAGCCAUCGAAAUUCGGUGAUCCGGAUAUCGAAAGGAUCAGGAGAGCACAUCGAAAUGAUUUGGAGAAUUGUAUACCAUUCAUGAUAUCAGCUUUACUGUACGUGCUGACGGACCCUUCCCAAUUCUUGGCUAUCAAUUUGAUUCGUGCGGCAGUCAUUGCAAGAAUCGUCCAUACAUUUGUUUAUGCCAUAUACGGUACUCAGCCAGCUCGUGGAAUCUGUUUCUUUGUGUGCUAUCUAAUAACAAUUUACAUGAGCAUAAGUACGGUCUUGAGCUUUUUUUAGCUGAUUUUUUCAAUCAAUUUAUAACAUGGAAUGCGGUUGACUUAAGUAAAAAUAAAUUUCUUAAUCAAUUCGAGGGACAGUCGACCGU